AUGGCAAAUGAUAUUCUGAACAAUCAGGACCAUGGCCGGCGGCUGCUGCAGGCGGAGGAGGCGACGGAGGCGUGGAGCUCGGGGUCGGGGUCGGGGUCGGGGUCGGGGUCGGGGUCGUGGGAGGAGGGCGAGGCGGGCGGGGCGAGCGAGGAGGAGCGCAACUGCACGGCGCCCGCGCUGCACCACUUCCCGAGCGACCUGGUGUCGGCGCACGCGCGGCGCCGCGGCGCCGCCCUCCUGCACGCGCUCGCCGCCGCCUACCUCUUCCUCUUCCUGGCGCUCGUCUGCCACGACCACUUCGUGCCCGCCAUCAAGCUGCUCUGCGCCAUUUCCGCAGAUGACGAGAAGGCAAGUGGAUGGCAUUAUCAGUUUACUUCGGAAAACUGCAAGCUUGUCAUCCAUGAUUUAGAGGAGGUGGAGGAGGGCGGGCUGUGCCUGCCGCCCGCGGGCGAGUCGUUCGCGCGCUUCCUGUGGUGGCUGCUGCUGCGCCCGGCCAAGGCCCUGCUGUGGGCGACGGUGCCCGACUGCCGGCCGCCGCGGCGCCGCGCGCUCUUCCCGCUCACCUUCGUCGCGUGCGUCCUGUGGGUGGCCGCCGCCUCCUACUGCGCCUCCUGGAUGAUCACGGUCGUCGGUGACACGCUCCAGAUCCCGGACUCGGUGAUGGGGCUAACCCUGCUCGCCGCGGGCACUAGCCUUCCAGAGGCUGCCUCCAGCGUCAUUGUCACCAACCAAGGUUAUGGCGCUAUGGGCAUCAGUAAUUCCAUAGGAUCCAACACUUUCAACAUUUUGCUGUGUUUGGGUCUGCCAUGGCUGUUGAAGGCUGUCUGCUUUCCUCCCGCUCCCGGCCAGUAUUGGGUCAAAAUCAACUCGGGAGGCUUACUUUACAACACUCUGUCAUUGCUGACAACUCUUUUUCUUCUUUAUAUCUCCUUUGCUUACAGUUCGUUUAAACUGAAUCACAAAGUUGGUGCUAUCACUCUAGUGAUGUAUGUUGCCUUUGUCAUCAUUGCUUUUGCAGUGGAGCUUAAUGCUUUUGGUGUGGUCAAUUUACCGACAUGUCCACACUAAUUACAUUUUUAAAUUUUAAACUUUUUUCUUUCACAUUCUACUCUCUUCAGUUUUCCUUUCUCAUUAGGGAGCACAAAAUGUUUGGUCAAGUAUUCAAAACAGGGUAAUCCUCCAUAAUUUAUACACGUAAUUCAUUUAUAAGUUAUUUUACUGAGGUAUUUACUAACUUAGAUAAGUUUAUUUUACUGAAUUUAUUGUAUGCCAAAAAGAAACAAGUAUUUUAAAAAUAUAUUAAAUCGUCCUUAUAACGAAACUUUUAAUAAUAAUUAUUGGCAUUGUUCUUCAGCAUGUGACUUGGGCAUGUGUUGGGCUCUCUAAACAUUUUAAGGGACCUGAGUUAAUUCUCAGGGUUCAGAAGUGCGGAAGCAAUUCUGUCAUAUAUGGUAUUAUUCCAAUACUGAUAUUAAUUGAAUGUCGAGUUUGCUCUGCAUUUAAUUACAUCGGAAUUUUUGAAAGUUUAGUAGUCUGUUAUGGAUAAAUGAAAGUAUUAGUAAUACUUUCGUAUUAAAUUAGUUCCAGACUGCCAAACACUUGUUUGUGCUCGUUCAAUUAUGUUUGUGUUUCAAUUAUGUAGUAGUUUGCAGAUUAUACCUCAAUUCAAUAGUGCAUUCCCAGAAAAUUCGUUGACUCAAAGCCCAUACAUGCAUGGCAUCUUCAUUGGAGUAAUAGCAGCAUCUCCAUGAGGUAAAUUCAGGACAUGUAAAUUUAGAACACCUAAAUAAUAUACUAGUGUCUUAGAAACACCUAUUUCUAUUACUCGAUUAGAGAGAAUGGGAAAGAGAUGGCUUUGUGGCAAGGGUGUCUGCACGUGAAAGUAAUUUCCUCUCGGUUCAAUCAUUCCCACGAAAGAAGGCACGUACGUUUUAGAUCAAGUAAGUCACAAGUAAGCUUCUUUUUUUCUGAAAGUCAGAGGCUCGAAAGUCUCUUUGAGGAACCUGCGAGUGUAAGCUGUUUGAGCAGGCUCUUAUGGACUUUCCCUCAAAGACAGUUUAUUUUUAAAUUUAAAACUCUGCAAUAUUUGUCAAUUAUUGCCUCUUUGAAAUGUGAAAAUAUAUUCACAUAGCUCCAAUUAUGUGAAUUGCUAGAUUGUUUAUUAAUUUUUCUUCUCGUCGUAUUUUUUGUCUCGGUUUUCUUUGUUUUUUAUAACAUAUGCAGUUAUGGAAGAAAUGCUGUAAAAGCUGCCGUUAAGUGCCUACAUGGACGUAAUCGUUUGCCAGGUAGUGAGAGGAAAUGAGACGAAUUUUGAAGAGGAAAGAAAAACGAAUUCCUUAAUCGAAGGGGCAAUAGAGGAGUGGGUUUUGUUUGGAGCUAAGGAGCAGCAAUGAGUGCUCAUUGGUAAUGUGAUUCCCUCCAAAAAAAUCCACAAGUAAGGGAAAUUCAAUCUUGUCUCCAACUACACAAUGUCAAGUUCAGCUAACUACAAAUCAGAUUUGUUGCCCGUGAAAAACUAAUGAUAGCAUUCAAGAGUCCAUUCCAUAAACUAGUUGUGGAAAUAAAAAAGGUCUUGUACAAAAAAAAUUGUAAAUUGAAAAUGUAUUUUUAUGAGUAAAAACGAUGUAAAUAAUUAAUGUGCUAUUCAAAAAAUAUGGUUUUAAGUAAGUUCUGAAAAAGAAUUUGAUAAUUCGACAUCAACGUGUGAACUAUAAUAUUACUUAAGAUUUGUGUAAAAAGCAUGAUAUUAGUCUUAAAAGACUGAGUAAUGAAAAAUGUACAUAAACAUUUCCUAUGAAUAAAAUUAUAUGGUUAACUAGUUUAAUG